AUGGUAGACAUCCCGCUGUCCUACUCCCCUCCAUCCCACCUGGGAGAGUCCCUUCUGGACAGCCCGUUGUGUGGAGGCCUGAUCACAGACAUGGAUGACCUGGAGGAUUUAUCUCAGUCUAUAGAGGAUGACACCCUCAGCUCCUUUGACCUGUACCCUGAGUACUGCACCACUGGUCCUGGGUCAGAGAACUCCAUUACCCUGGAUACCUUCACCCCAGCGUCCAGCCCGUUCUCGGGGGUGUUAGAGGUUGGCCCCUCUACGACCAUGAAGCAAGAGGACUCCUCCAGCUCCUUCAAACUGGAGUGUCGAGUGUGUAUGGACCGCGCUUCAGGCUUCCACUAUGGAGUGCAUGCCUGUGAGGGCUGCAAGGGAUUCUUCAGAAGAACCAUCAGACUCAAGUUGGAAUACGACAAGUGUGAACAACACUGUAAAAUACAAAAGAAGAACCGAAACAAGUGCCAAUACUGUCGCUUCCAUAAGUGUCUUGCUGUGGGCAUGUCCCACAAUGCCAUCCGGUUUGGUCGGAUACCUCAGUCAGAGAAGUUGAAGCUGAAGGCUGAAAGCCAGACAAAAGAAAGAGUGGAGGCAGAAGACCCCAGACAGGUGGACUGCAAGACCAUGGUCCGACAGAUCCAGGAAGCCUACAUAAAGAACUUCAACAUGAGCAAAGCUAAAGCUCGAGUGAUACUGACUGGCAAGACCAGCACACCACCUUUUGUCAUCCACGACAUGGAUACUCUCCAGCUGGCUGAGCAGAUGGUGGUGGCCCAGCUGGUGGAUAGAAGAGGUCUACAGGGACCAGGGUAUGGGCCUGAGGAGCUCAAGAACAGGGAGGCAGAGGCCAGGCUAUUCCAAUGCUCCCAGUGCUUUUCUGUGGAGACUGUGACAGAGCUCACCGAGUUUGCAAAGUCUGUACCAGGCUUCCAGGGCCUGGACCUGAAUGACCAAGUGACCCUGUUGAAGUAUGGCGUGUAUGAGGCCCUCUUUACACUGCUGGCCUCCUGUAUGAACAAAGAUGGCCUACUGGUGGCGAGUGGAGGAGGUUUCAUUACCAGGGAGUUCCUCAAGAGUCUACGGCGGCCCUUCAGUGAUAUGAUGGAGCCCAAGUUCCAGUUCGCCAUGAGGUUUAACUCCUUAGAACUGGACGACAGUGAUCUAGCGCUGUUCAUGGCCACCAUCAUUUUCUGUGGAGACCGUCCAGGGCUGGUCAAUGUGUCUCACAUAGAGCGGCUCCAGGAAAACAUUGUCCUGGCUCUUCGGCUCCAUCUACUGGCGAACCACCCGGAUGACACCUUUCUGUUCCCCAAACUGCUGCAGAAGCUGGCUGACCUUAGGGAGCUGGUCACAGAGCAUGCGCAGUUGGUCCAUGAGAUCAAGAAGAUGGAGGACACGUCUUUGCAUCCAUUGCUGCAGGAGAUCUACAGAGACAUGUACUGAGAAGGCUGAAGGUGAAGAAGAUAAUCUGUGGGACUGAGCUUGAAUGGACUAUGCUGAGCUGGACUGGCUUGGAAGGGUUGUGCUUAACCUUGUCUUCAGGCUAUUGUGCAAAUCAUUCAUUCUAAUUUGGCCUGGGUUGGUUAGACAGUUGUCCAUUAAAUCCAGUCUAGCAUCAACCCAUCACUAUGUAUUACAAAAGAGCAAUAAGGUUGCCUAUGCCUACAACACUAAAUGCAAUGUUCCUUCAAUAAGCUAGGAGCAAAUGCAUGGCACAAAUAUUCCAGCCUUUUUGUGGUAGAAGGAAGAAUGAUCUCUACAGAAUGUACAGUAUUUCCCUACAGAGUUCACUGUCACAGUGGUCAUCAACAACUAUCAGGAAAUGAUCCCUAAAUAAAUCAUUUUCAUUUAACCCUUGUACAAAUAGUAAUAUCCAGGCACUUAGAACAUUAGAUGUAUUACUAUCAAAGGGGUCAAUGAUAUCUGUAUUUCUUUUUAGCCAUAAGCACACCCAUGUCUCUGUUAAGCUCCCUGAUUCUUUGUUUCAAGAACUUGAGAGCAAGGUGAAAGGUUCAACUGUAUAAAAAAACAUUAUAGUAUUUUUUGUACUCAGGAGUGCAUUGGGAAAGGAAAAUAUCACGCAAGAUCUGCUAUUAGAAAUCGUUCAUGUAUUUAUGUGACCUUCUGUUUUUUCAAUUUUCCUCUGUACGUCUAUCAAAAUAAAUAUGUGUCUCAAAUCAUAUGUACAUAAUCCAUGGUAAACUAUCUGGCAGCUUAGGGUUGUGAUUUUAACAUAGUAAAGUACACUGUGUGUAUUACACUGUGUGUAACUCUACCACAUUGUGUAAAUAAGGAUUUUGUCGUGUAAAUGCUCUAUUAAUGUGGUCCUCUUUAUUUCUCACUGCAUAGUUUUAUAUCAACAAGGCUGGAUGUUUUCCUAUCAGCUGACUGUCCAAUUAGAUUUCACUAACCUGGAAAUAAUGUUACUGAAUUUUUAGUUGUGUUGAUAUUCUGUAAAUCUUAUAAUCUUUAAAGGUGUAUUUGCCAUGGUCUGAAUUAAAUUGUCUAGGAGAUAUACACCUAGAA